AUUUCGCGACAGUUUGACCUUCAAGUGCUUUAUCGGUAGUCUGGGUGAAAAUAUUGAAAAUACUGGGUUACUUCUGUAGUCGAGUUUCUAUUAGCAUGGAUUGCUGGGUGUUUAAUACCAGGAUAUAGAAAUGCCCUAAAGAAUCCUGUUCCUACUUCGUAACAAAAAUGCACCUAAAACUCAGGAUUCGUUUUUUAAUAACAAUAUUUCUGGUACUAUCUUUUUCAAUUGCAUUUAUUUGGAGAUUUCAAGAGCUGAAAUAUACCGAGUUACUAGGAACAUGGACAUUUAAAAGGGAAUCUGAUAAGCUUAAGCCAAUUUUGAUUAAAUCUGUUGGGUAUCAAUGUGACUCUCAUAACAUAAGUGUAUUUCAAACUCAAAUUAACAUAUAUACUAAAGUCCGUCAUCAGUCAAAUUCUUGUAUUAGCUGUCAAAGUUCCAUAGUAGUUCUCACACUUUCGAAAUCCUCACCUACAAGCAGAUAUUUGGUUCAUAUUAUAAAGGUCUUACUGAUCCCACAUCAUGUUAUUUCAAUGAACCAUGCUCAACUAAGUAAUAUUUCAGAUCUUCUGCAUUCAAUUUUACAAAACGAACAAAUUAGGAUAAUAAUAUUCGAAAAUUUCGCACUUUAUACGAACUUACCACCACUACAAAAGUUACAACUUGACACUCUUUGCAAAAACUACAAUAUUGGGGUGGUCGGGUUUCUGUUCGAUGGUGAAGGUUUCACUACUGAAGGUGGCACGUGGUCUAAGAUUGGUGAAUUGCCACUCUACAUCCAUCGAUUAAGAAAACCUCCACAAGGAUUCUAUACAUCUCUGAAUGCAUCAAUACUUAGGGUCACUCGUUCUGGUCGCAUGAAUCCUGACACACUUGAGAUUGGAAAACAGAUUAACGGGGCUGGAAACCAAUCACAAACUCAAACUGUUUGUUGCAUGGCAACGUUGGUUCCUUUUACGAACAACAAACAGUUCUACAGCACCAUCGCAUUUACUAAAACUGGGGAAUAUUCUAAACGAAUACGAAAUUAUGACUCAUUACCGGUUGAUGUGGAGAGUUGUGCUGAUUACUCCACAGAGUCUCACAGUGGCACGUUUCCAGUUUACCAAAGUUUGGUUUUAGAAGAUGUUGGCUUAUUUGAUGGAAUUCAACGUGUUCUUUUUGCUUUCCGUCCUGGAGGAAUUUGGUUGUCGUCGAUAUUGCUACUUGACACUAUUGUCUACCUAUCAAAAGGUACUUUCCACGCUUCUCCACCAUCGUCUCAUCCUUUCAGUUCGCAGUUUAGUGGUAUUGUCUCAAAAAUGAACAUAUCAUCAUCUUUAAAUGAACUUGAUUUACUGCGGUGGGUCCUAGUUGAUAUUGAUGAUGUGUUUGUUCCAGAUCGAAAUGUGCAUCAGUCAAUUGAUGACAUAAAUGCUAUGAUCAAAGCGCAAAAUUACUGGCGCACUUUUAUACCAGGAUUUACAUUUAAUCUGGGAUUCUGUGGUGCAUUUCUCAGUAAAUCACGUUGGUCAGAUAAAAUUGUUUACAAUUACAUUUUACAAAAUCGCCAUAAAUUUUGGUGGUUUAGUCAUUUAUGGCAUCAUGGUAGACCCCAUAUGAUGAAUAAAACAUUUAUUCAACAAGAUAUAGAACGCAAUCAAGUAUUCGCCAAGGAACAUGAUAUUCCAGUUCAAAUUGGUUAUUCUGUUGCGCCUCGUCAUUCUGGAGUUUAUCCUGUAUAUCCUGACCUUUAUGAAGCAUGGCGUACUGUGUCAAAUGUAAAUGUUACAUCUACGAUACAUUAUCCUUAUGGCAGAUCAUCUGAUUUUCGUUUGGGUUUCCGUUACAAUAAUAUUCAGGUUCUUCCUCGUCAAACCUGUGGAAUUUACACUCAUACGCCUCAUUCCGAGGAUAUACGAGGCGGAAUAAAACAGUUAAAUGAAUAUAUUUUCGGCGGGACACUAUUUAUCACGUUUCUGUUCAAUCCGGUGUCCAUUUUUAUGACACAUCUUGUCAAUUAUGGAAAUGACCGAGUAGCUCUUUAUUUAUUUAAUGCUAUUUUUGAAUUCAUGACAAAUUGGACGAAUAUUAAGCUAAUUACAUCACCUCCUUCGGAAUUAGCUAAUAUCUACUCCGAACGUUUCAAAUUAUACGGUGUCAAUGAACUUCCUUUGUAUUCAGAUCCUUGUCUUAAUUCACAUCUUCAUGAGUUAUGGCCAAGUGAUUGGCCGUGUGGAUCAGAUCAUUUACCUAGUUUUAUUAUUAUUGGACCUCAAAAAACUGGUUCUACAGCUCUAUUACAUUUUCUUUUAUUAAAUCCUGAAUUAAUGUCUAAUAGAUUCCAACAUGAUUCUACUUUCGAGGAGUUACAAUUUUUCAGUUCUGAUGAUAUUUAUUCACGUGGUGUACAUUGGUAUAUGAACCAGUUUCCGAAUAAUUCAAUUAUAUCUCCAACGCAUGCUUAUAAUUUUAACAAUAAUAAAUCUAAUUAUUUAAAAAGCUAUGCUGCUGAACAAAUACGAUUUGAAAAAUCAGCUACGUACUUUGAUAAUCCUAAAUCUCCAGCACGAAUUUAUGCUUUAAUGCCCAAGGUGAAAUUGAUUGUUCUUCUACGCAAUCCAAUUGAACGAGCUUAUUCAUGGUAUCAACAUCGUUUAGCCCACAGAGAUAUUGCUCCACAGUUGUUGUCCUUUGUUGAUCUGAUGCAGUAUGGUCAUAAUCUAACUGAGGCUACUCUACUUAGCAUUGUACCAACUGAUAGAUUUUCUAACCUUUCUAUCGACAUUAAUAAUUCAAGUUUAAUGCGACAACUUGUUUCAAGCAUUAACCACUUAUGGUCUCGAUGCACUGGUCCAGGGAAUUACGAACAACAUUUACGUAACUGGCUGACAUAUUUUCCGGCCUCACAGCUCUUACUUUUAGACGCCGAUAGAUUUUCUCGAAACCCGGUGCCUAUCAUGAGGAUUGUGCAGCAAUUUAUAUUAGUUCGUAGGCAGUUAGAUUAUUCACAAUACUUACAGUAAGUAUGAAGGCAUAUUUCACAGAUAUAUUUCUACGUAUUUUACCUUUUAUAGUUUCAUAAUGACUCCGAUCGUUAACUGAUAACAACCAUUGAACUAGAGUAUUGGACGACUGUUUCGUUUUAGUUCAAUGGCCAAUCAUGAGUACACAUUAUUUCACACUAUUUACUAUACAAUAGUGAUUUAUAGCUAAUUUUAUAACUAAAUGCAAAAAUACAUGUAACGGAGUAGUAGCACAAUCAGUAAUUUUCUCAAGUCAUCAUUGUGAUCUUAAUAUUGGAUGGUAAUAUUGCUUUUGUAUUUAGUGAGAAUACCUUUUCUUUACAUGUACAUGUAUUUCAGAAAAUUAUACUCGUCGUCGCAAAUUACUCAUGGAACAAGCAGCAAAACGGUAUAUAUCCGAACUGAUAUGCACACCUUAAAACCUAUGAUUAUUUUUUGCUAUUCAUUUAUGCUUACUUAUUUAGAAGAGUUGAAUUUGAUCGAAAGCUUCUCCUUAAAUCAUAGUGAGGUUGCUUACAGUAGAUAUAUGGAAGAUGCAAUUGUUAUUGCUCUCAAAAAAAUGAAAGGAUUAUAAGAGUCAAUAUUUUAAGUAGUUGUACUUAAAAUUCUGCACGAACUUACAAAAAGAUUACCACCAUUCCAAUAUUAAGUAAUUCAUAACCGAAAAGAUAUCAUAAGUCAUCUACUUACAAUAUUAAUUAAGUAAAUUAAUAUUUCACGUGUUGUAAAAUUAAGUUAAUCUAGAAAUUGGGGAAAAAAUAUCAAGGAAAGAGAUUUAGUUUCAAUUGAAUGCUUUAUUUUAAGAUCACUCAGUAGUACCUAUCUAUGUCUGUAAAUUUUUCUCCAGUUUUCCAACUUUUAGUAUCUAGGUUGAACUUAAUAUUCCUGAGGACUAAAAGGAAUCGUACUUAUGUAUUUAUUAUUGUUAUUUCAUAGUUAGUCUUACCUCCGAAGCCAUAACUUUUCAUCAGGAAGCUGACUAUUCUAACGUAUUUUCAGUCGACUUCAUACUCAGCAUUGAGACGUUUGAAUUCGUUUUGAGGCUGAUUUUCAGCUAAUAUUAAAAUUAUUCAAAAUAUAACGGUAAAAAAUUACCAAAUAAUUUAUACACCAACCUGGAUCGUUAAAAGACGUUGAUUGAUUCAGUUGUAAGAAAAUUAAUAAGAGUUCUAAUACCAACUUAAAGUCACUGAAUAACAGGUAACCAUUGCAAGUCAAUACGUGGAGGAUAGGUUCCUAUAAGACGUUCAACUGAGAGAGAUCUAAGUCACUGUAGUUGGUGGGUUUCAAAUAUGCUAAACGUGUAUUCUAAAUUCACUGUUAUCCAUCACCAAUUUCAAGCAACUAUCUAAUACUAUUUAACUUUAAAUUAUUCUAUAUGUUAAAAGAUCUAUGACAUGACUUCAAUUAAAUUAAAAAACACAACACCCUUUUUUCUUACUAUUUGUAUUUAGCUUCAAUCGUAAAAAAGGAUUCUUUUGUGUGGUUACUAGAAACGCAUUGAAUUGGAAUAAUGGUUGCUUGGGUCGAAGUAAAGGAAGAACCUAUGAACAAUUAGAUCGCAAUAUUUUAUUGCCAAGCUUAAUGGAAUUGUAUUUCUCUAAGGCUAAUCAUAAACUGUAUAGAUUAUUACAAAAAUAUCCUCUAUGGAAUAGUGCAUUGACAUUAAAUACACAUAAACUCCCAUCAUGGAUUAAAAUGAGUAAUUAGCUUAUUGAAGUCUUUUGUCUCCUGGUUAACUGCUUGUACAAAAUAUUGCCAUUUCUGCAUUUCUUGAUUAAUAAACUUCAGAAAAUUAACUUUUCUCUUUAUAUGUAAUAGUGACGCUGUAUAUCAUUUAAAAGCGAUUAUUCCUCUAGAUUAUGUACAUUAGGAAAAGCAAUACAAACAAAUAUGAUGAGUAAUGUAACUACUAAAUCGAUUUUAACACUAAUAUAAAAAAUUGCACUCGAAAAACUAUAUCGCUCAGCAACAUACACUUUUGAUCUAUGGAUAUAUAACAGUGGAAGUAAAACGAUGGUCGCUUGUGAAUGUAAAAUAUGGGUUUUAUGUGAACAUAUAGAUCAGAGUCGUUUGGGUUACAUAGAAUAUAAGACAAAGUUAGCAGCUUAACCUAUUUUGGUCAAUAGACUAAUUAUAUUGAUUUUUUUUCAUUACG